AUGAAGCUGCCCCUAUUUCCCCUGUACAUUGACCAAUUCUAUGCGGACGGCGCGUCCGAUGCCGUGUAUCUGCUGUCUCAUUUUCACACGGAUCAUAUGAAGGGGCUUUCGCCUUCGUGGAGUGCGGGUCUAAUUAUCAGCGACACGGUGACGCAGGCUCUGCUUGUCAAUAAAUACGGGGUUGCCCUGGAUAAGCGCACGAUGUCAUUGCCGUUGUUCCAACGAACACUCUUAUUGCGAGGGACAACAAACAACUCUUGCUCCAGGGCCAGCCCGAGAGUUGGAGAAGGGAGGCAUGAAUUGUUGAAUCAAGUUAACCCUGUCCACAGCGAUGACGGCGACGCCGGCGUUGGUGAGGAGGGGACAGUGGCGCUGUAUCUCUUACCCGCCUUCCACAUCCCGGGCAGUGUCAUGUUUUUCCUCGAAACACCCAGCGGCAAUGUUCUCUACACGGGGGAUUUCAAGUAUGACGAGCAUGCUAGACGCCGUCUGGAUCCCUUCUUUGUCAAUCAUCGUGUGGAUCAUGUCUACUUGGAUGACACAUGGCUGCAUUUGGGUCUCCACGAGGUGCCUCUCUCGCUUACGGGCAACGAAGGCACGAGGGUGCUAAGCAAGUUUCUGUCGGAGCUGGAGCUGGAGGAGGCAAUGGAGGCAGUUGGUCGUCGCAUGGACAGACGUGUGCGUGACUAUGCACUGGAGAAAAACUCUCCCAAUAAGCUCCGUGGUCCGUACGUGUUGCGUGUGUACUUGCACAAUCAGUUUGGUAAGGAGCACCUUGUUCAACGUCUCGCAACAAGGCUUGCUGUUCCAGUCGUCGUUGACGAGGCCAGGUACGAGCGUAUUCGUAUUCUUGCUUCGUUUAAUGAAAUAAUUGCGGAGGUCGAUGAAAGAUUUUGUAUUGACAUGGAUCGCUUUGUGACCUAUGCAAACUGUAGUACCUGUCCUCGCGUGGAGGUGGUCUCUUCGCUGAAGCAAAUCGCUCCUGAAGAACUUCAGGCUGCCGCCGAAAGAAACGGUGGCACACCGCACUACGGUAUUGUCAUGUCUGGAUGGGCCCUGUUCCGGCGACGCGGCGGUGCAGCCGAAGAAACGUCUGUGUGGGAAAUAUCAACUACGCUGCACUCCACACCGCAGCAAAUCAUCGACUUUAUCGCGUUGCUGCGUCCCAUGUCUGUUACACCGCUGCAUUACAAGCCCUGCCGCGGCCUAAUAGUGCUGCAGCGACUUGGGCCCUUUUUGCGACGACCAUACGUGAACGAUUUUUUAGCGGUCUCGGAUGGAGUGAGGGGUGACGCAGGGACGUGGCGGCGCUGCAUCUUGUCUAGCAACGAUGCUAAAGAGGCGGAUACUUUGUUUCCACCGAAAAGAAGCGGGUUUUGUAUCGGUGCUUCAUCCACGUGGAACGCGUCACCUCACCACGAGGAGGUCCUUAAUUCCGGGGCAAAGUCCACAACAAUGACGGGGCGGCAGGGGCGGAAGCGACAGCAUGAAACUUUUUCGUCUCCAAUGAGGGCCAUAUGCUGCGAUGACACACUUUGCACUGCUACAUCUUCGCUUACCCAGCUGGCUGAGUUUCUUGAUCUCUGA